UAUUAAUAAUUGUUUUAGAAACUAAACUGAUUGUACUUUAUUUUAGAAAUGUAUAUAUAACUAAUUACAAUUUCGACUGUUAUUACAUUAAUUAUUAGACUCUGUUUAUUAUCUUACAGCUAGUUCAUAAUUAGCGUAACUUUAUUUGCUGUAAACGAUUUAGUAGUGAAGUGGUAUUCAUUGAAAGCGGAAACAAUAGCUUGUUGUGCGAUGACAGCUUAAAUAAUCAGCGGAUUAUGUUAUACACGAAUCUGUGUGUAAAUCAGUAUGGGUUGGAAUUGCAUCGUUUUGUUAAUAGAUGAUAUCACUAUACAACUUUAUCUAACAGCGCUAUUUGUGAACAUAUUAUUUGGUUAGGCCAUAUCGUUAAAAUGACGCAUAAUAUUUGAUUUCUAUUAUUAGUUCCUGUAAUUGAUUCUAUUUCCGACGUCUGCAUGUGAUACGUAAUUAAAAUAAAUUCAUAGAUUGCAUAAAUGAUGUUAUAAUAUACAGUAUGGGCGUAUGAAUAUCGCUUUCCACAGAGACAAAGGCUAACAGAUUCAAUUUUGUAUUGCAAUGAUCAAUCAUGUUCACUUAUUAAUAAUAAUUAUGUCAUAUAUCUCUUAAACCGUUGUAAUUUCAUAUAAUAUGCUUCACAUCUAUCUGUUUAUUUAUCCGUUUAUCUAUUCAUUAUAAUCAUGUUGAAAUCUGACAUUUAAAUUCGCACGUUUAGAAUGGUUUAAUUAAUAUUUAGUAAUUAUUUCUGUACAUGAAAAUGUAAUAUAAACCAAUUAAAUGAUAAAAAAACGAUUGCUUAUAUUUUUAGGAUUUUACUUUACUUUAUUAAAAGUGAUAUUUAUCACAAUUGUUAAUCAUUUGUAAUAUCUAAAUAAAGAAAAUUGUUUCACUAAAUAGCUUUAAAAUUUAGCGGAGAUGUUAUUAAAUAGUUAAUAGACAGUAAUACAUUAAAUAAAUAUCCGGUCGAAUCAUUCGGAAUAUUUGUUCGAGUUUUAGCCGAAGUCGAUCGAAAUAGUCCAUUCUUUUUCCUUGAUUGCAAUGCAAAUCGCGUUUUCCGGUCAAUGUUUAUUUUUAAUCGGUCUGACGUUUACUUUUACCGUGUAUUUCUUAAUGAAUUGUAUUCUCUGUCUCUCUCUCUCUCUCUCUCUUUCUGUCUCUCUCACGGAGACGUUGUACAUUUCAUGCGCGAUGCGGCACGAAAAUUCCGUGGUCAAAAAGCAAUGCACCAUGCGAUGCAGCUUUAUGGGCGCUUUAACAUGCUCCGAAAACACGUUUAAUUUCACCGAAUCCGUCUCGGGCUCGCUCGAGAAGAACGCUCGGGACGUUGUCUCGGUCAGUGUGACUUUCACUCGCGAUGCCGAAUUAAACGCGAGCUCGCGGUCGAUUUAGCGUUAAACGCCGCUACCUAAUCUGAAAUGUAUUUGCGCGGUGUAACACACAUCACGGCGCGGCGUGUUCGCAACGUGUGAGCGAGGGGCUUCGCGCCCGAGAGAUCGGAGGAGGUUGCACACACGCACACACACACACACAUAUACACGCACACAACACACAUACGUACGUAUGUGCACGGGACUUUGUAUAUUUGUCAUUCGGCCGUAAUGGACGGCGAAGCGCGUACGUCGGCGGCGAUUUACUUCCGCGCGAACAAUGCGCGCGGGUUAACCGCCGACGAGGACGCACCCGGGCGAGAACACGCGCGCUCUCGACCCUACCCUUACGUAACACCUCACUCUCGGGGAGUGGACGACAAGGGACGGCGGCGACGUCGUGGUGGACCGCGAAUGAAAUAUUUCGGGAACCGCCGCCACCGCCGAAGAGAAACGAGUCGUGGAGAGAGAGAGAGAGGGAGGAGGGAGGGGGAGAGCACACUCGAAGGGACAAGAGAGCGAGAAAGGAAGAGUGGAUUCCCCCUUCAAAUGUGAUUUACGUUCUUUCGUGUUGCAACAACGGCGUCACGGAGAUCAAAACCGCGCGUAAUUAAAAUUAGCCGAGGGGGACGAUUGACGGAGGGGAAACUCGCAAUUACUUAUUCUCAUUUUGUAAUCGUCAUUAAAUCAAUUACCAUUUUAUGCUUUCGAUAUGUAUAAUGGCUAUUAAUUUGAAAGGUAUAUGGUGGCGGCAUGAGCAUCCCGGCAGCUUUUCAAUUAUCAAAGUGCACAAUUAAAUUUCUGUUAAAGAAAAAAAAUCGAUUCUGAAAUAGAUUUAAAAGAUUGCCGCGAGCGGAAACGCCGGGCGAUCGAGGUUUAUAUCUCUCGCGCUGUGCCAUUCCGAUCGGGGAGAAAUUAAUAUCGGGAAAGCAAGAGAAUAUCCGUCUAUCUUAUUCCCUGAUUGAUAGGAAUUUCGCGGCGGCGUCGCGAACGACGAGAAAAUGCCGCCGCGUGCACGAAACGUGUACGUCGCGUCCUCCAGAAUUGAUCUGGAGGUGGAAUUAAUCACCGGACUGUCACGCUCACAUCCGCGGAAACGCGGAAGGUUGGACGCGAUAUAUGUGUACACAUACGUAGAUGAAAAAAAAACCGGAGCGGGGAUUUCAAUUCGAACGGUCCGGGCCCCCGGCCUUUCUGUCCCGCGCCUUUUUUUGUCGCGCGCGCGCGCUCUGCAGGUGCAACGAAUAUAUGCCACGCGGCCGAUCAUCGGUGAUUGAAAUACGCCUUCAUCGGGAACGCACACUCUCGACGGGAAAUUACAUCGCAGCCUCUGUCGGGGCGAGCUCUCCAUCGAAUUACGUGUGUACGAUAAUUUUUUUUGCCGCGCAAGAUGCGCUGAAAUUGAGAAAGAGAGCCGCGCAACGAAGUUUCCCUCCGGAAUUCCUCGCUUCUCGCACGCUCCUCUCUCGAAUGAAAUUUAUAUUCUGCGUGAAGAAAUUUGCUGGUUUUCUUUUUUUCGUCACCGAUGACACGGCUGUCGUAUGCUUCUUUAACGGCUGUUCUAUCCGCAUAAACUUGAAGACAAUAAACUUUUUUUUUUUCGAAAUAAAUUCUAGUGCUUUAUUGUACGUUUACGUUUACGAUUCGUAAAAGUUGAAUUACUGAUGAGUUUCUACCUUUGCCGUGGGAUAUACAGCGUUUGAAAGGCCAGGUUCUCGCUUCUCACGGUAGUUCGUUAUGUAAGAAAAGGUUGCCACGGUUAUCUAUUCGCAUUCUGCCGCGUAUAAAAAGAACUAUUCAGAUGCACGUCUUAAUGUCCUGUAUUCCGAUUUCCGACAUGCACGUCGCCCGGAUGCAUUUCAUUGCGUAACGAUAAAGAAAAUCUCAACAAAUGUACUCGUACCUCACUUAGAAAUUCCGCAAAGACCGCGGGCAUUGUGUGUAUACGUUAUAAAUAUACCGUAAAUAAGAUAUACAGCGGUUUAUUCAAUUCCACUGUCGCGCGGAGAUAAAAAGUCUGCGUGCCGCACGUAACGGGGGAAUAGAAUUUUGGGACGUGGAAAGGCGCGAAAUGCCGCGCCGUGUCGCGGUGAUUUGAAUAGCGCGGCUGUAUGGGAUGUUUUUCAUUUCUUCCUUCGCCCUUUUUUUUUUUUUUUUUUUUUUAGUUUCAAAACAGUUCGUCACGUCAAUAUCGAACGCAUAAGCGGGGAGAGGGGGCGCGUUCGUAAGCAGAAUAUAUCUUCGUCAAAGUCGCGGGGUUAAAAAAAACGAGCUCAAAGAGCAGCGUGGUGUCGAGACUUUCGUACCACCCCCUCCCUUUCCCGUCCCUCGAUGGCUUUCAUCACUGCCAAUGGCGCGAAUAUCGAAUUAAUUCAUUAUCCAGAUUGAAUUAUGAUGCGCCAGUAAUGAUGCGUGUGCGAAAAUGCAGGUUCUGCGACACGAAAAUGUAACGCAGCAUUUACUCUAGAAAAUAAUUUUCGAUUCUUGAACGCGGUUCCACGAUUCGCUUGACCGAUUAUGCGAAUUUGUUACUGGCGUUGCAUAGAAUAUAAUGUUUUGUUGUAUUAAUAAUCAAGUAGUUAUCAAUAUUAUUAUACUAUUUUCAAUGAGAAAUUCGAACGCUCGCCGAAAGAUAAAAUUAAAUUAAUGUCACGUACGAUAUUUAUUAGGCUUUUGAUAAGUUUCUGUCUACGUCAUAAAUGAGAUGUGUUUGUAAAAUUUUCAAUAUACACCAAAUCAAUAAAUUAUUCGAUCAUGACAGCUUCUUUUUAAAAAGAUAAUCAAGUAAUUUAUUGGUUUUGGACUGACUGCAUCAAUAUUUCUAUAUUAUUAUGUAAUUUAAUACAAAUUUCACUGUGGUCAUUUCUUUUUUAUUCAAAUGUCCGUGUAUCACGUAUGCAAAACACAAUUUUCAUUAGUUAAUUUAUAUUUUCUUGCUCUUAAGCUCAUUAAUAAUGAUGCAAGUUAAAUUUUCAUGGAAACUUAGAAGCAUGAUCCGCGCAAGCCAAGAUUCAAACUUAAAAUAGUUAUUACAUACAAUAUUAAUACAUUAGUGAAUAAAUAAUGCUUUGCGUAAUUUGCAAAUUUCACAUAUAUUUCUGCUUUACUAAUAAUUAAUUUUUGAGCAAGUAAAAAUUAGUAGUUUUUUUUCUACACACACAGAACAUAUGUAUAUAUCUUUGUGAAAAUUAAAUAAUUAAAAUUAAGUAAUUCUUUCAGUCAGGACAAGAGGUCGAUUAUAUAAACUAAAAUCAUCUAAUACGAAAGAUUAGAUCGUAAAUUAUUUUCUCGUUAAAAAAGUAUUCACCGGUUUAAUAGACGACGCUGUGUUGGCAUACGAAUUAAUCAAUUUAUAUUUUAUUAAAAGUGGAGCACACAGAUUUUCUCGUAGUCGAUACAUCCAAUAUCCCGGAGCUCUCGGUAUUUAAUGAAGAUCGCGAGUAACGAAAAAAAAACCGGUAGUUAUCGUUCUUAUCAGGCAGACAGAUUUCAUUCUUAUAUAUAGUUAUAGAAUUCAUCCUUGAUAUUGUUUCGUGCGUAGUAAUGAAAUAAUAUUCUGACCCAGCUCCGGUCGCUGACCACCUUCGCGCUCUGUUCUAUCUCCCUUUAUUCCCUCCUAUAUUCCGGCGCUACCUUUCCACCCCGAGUCCGACUUCGUAUCCGGUUCCAUUUGAAUACAAAGCGACAUUGCGUGAAAAAUUAAAUACAGGUUUCGCUCCGUGCUGGCCGCUAAGCAGUGAUUAAUGGACUGGAGCCAUUGAAUUCGGGCAAGCCGACGGAAAAUCGACCGGUAGUGAAAAUUGGGACUGUGGAGAAAGAAAGAGAGAAGGACAAGGGGGAGAGAGAGAGAGAAAGAUAGAAGGGAAGGGAGGGGAGAGAGAGUGGUGCAGAGAGAGAAGGAGAGAAAGAGAAAAGUGAUUUUAUUCCUGUAAGUGCAGACGCCCGUGACGGAAGCUCGAGGACCAUGACGGAAGGCGAGCCCAACGUGAGUGUAAGUGUUCGUACUGUAACAAAUCCAGAUAUCAGGCAUCAAAGCGGUACACUAUUGGACCUCAUGACGAAGAACAAGCAGCGGUAUCGAUGGCGUUUGCUGGCCUGCGGCAUCGUGAUUAUAAUCGUGCUGGCCCUGGUGAUCGCAGCGGCGAUCCUUCUGACCGGCAGUCCGGAUUCCGCCGCGUCUAGAACGAACGGUGCACCAGGCAUUUCCCUGGAGGAAUGGCUCUCCGGUUCGUUAUCCCCCAAGAGCUUCAACGGCACGUGGAUCAGCGGAGACGAGAUCCUCUACCGAGACGAGAUAGGCAAUUUGUUGAUCUACAAUGUCAGCUCGGCCACGUCCAAGAUCAUGCUGGACUAUUCCAAUCCCUCCUUGCUGUCGAGUUUCGAUCACCAGUUAUCUGCCGAUAGGAAAUAUCUGUUGCUCGCUCUCAAUUACCAGAAGCUGUACCGUCAUACGUACCUGGCCCAUUACAGGCUCGUGAACCUGGAGACUCUAAUGGAGACGACAUUGGCGCUGAACGAGUCGACGCCGUUGCAGCUUGCGACUUGGGCACCGCGCGGCAACGCCCUGAUCUACAUUCACCAGAAUAAUAUUUACUACAGACCGGAGGCGGAGGUGGCAAACGACUAUCAAAUCACCGGCACGGGAGUGUUUGGAACCGUUUACAAUGGAGUGCCGGACUGGGUGUACGAGGAGGAAGUAUUCAGCUCGAACAAGGCUCUCUGGUUUUCUCCGAGCGGCACUAAAUUGGUCUUUGGCUAUUUCGAUGACUCGAGCACUCCUGUUAUGACCAUACCAUUUUACGGAUAUCCUGGAAGCUUAACUUUCCAAUACACGUCGGCGAUACCGAUUCACUACCCUAAAAGCGGCACGACGAAUCCAACAGUCAAACUAUUUUGCGUCGAUCUCGAAAUGGUGGUGCAGGGUAACGUGACUUUGGUGGAGAUCGAACAUCCGCCGGAGCUGUCUGCGUCCGAGAGGAUCCUGUCGGCGGUGGACUUUCCCACGGACAGCCUCGUGUACGCGACUUGGAUGAACCGGGUGCAGAACAGGGCGUAUUUCCAGCUCUGCGAUGUCGGCAGUCUGCUGCCAAAUUGCACGACAGCGCUCUCGUAUGGCGAGACAAACGGCUGGGUAGAGCAAUUCGAAGCGCCUAUGUUCAGCGAGGACGGUACGUCGUUCCUUCUGAUAUUACCGCAGAAACAGGACAACGGCAGCGAUUGGCGACAUGUUAUGCUAGUUACGAAUGCAACUAGCGGCAGGCCGAUCAUCACCGCCCUCACCUCUGGCUAUUAUGUCGUGACGGAGAUAGUGUCCUGGGAUCGGGAAGACUCGUAUCUAUAUUACUUGGCCACUUCGGAAUCCGAUACGGCGGUUCAGCACUUGUACAGAGUGUCGCUGUUGGAUUCGGGGCACAAGCCGGCGUGUUUGACUUGUAACAUUGUCAGAGAGAGUGACGGCAGCCGCUGUUUGUACAACAGCGCUAAAUUCUCCACUGACAAUUCGCAUUACGUGCUCACUUGUGCCGGGCCUGGAGUACCCGACAUAGCUAUCUGCAAUAAGAAUACCACGUUGCUCUCCGUAUGGGAGGACAAUAGCGUAGUAUCCAACAUAAUAGUGGAAAAGUCGCAGCCGAUCGUACAUAGGUACAGAAUUCCAGUUCCUGGUGGCUUUAACGCCCAGGUGAGGCUCCUGAUACCACCCGGUGCUGACUUGAGCGGUGUCACCAAGUAUCCUAUGCUGGUUUACGUGUAUGGCGGCCCGGAUUCGUAUCAGGUGACGGAGAAAUUUAAAAUCGAUUGGGGCACGUAUCUUGUGACAAACAAAAGUAUCAUAUACGCCGCCAUUGACGGUCGCGGCUCCGGACUAAUGGGUAACGAAAUGCUGUUCGCCGGAUACCGGCGUCUCGGCACCGUCGAAAUUGUCGAUCAGAUCAACGUUACCAGGCAUUUGCAGGACAAAUUGCCCUUCAUUGACCGUACAAGAACGGCGAUAUGGGGUUGGAGUUAUGGUGGAUACGCGACCGGCAUGACGCUCGCUAUGGACUUAAAAGGUGUCUUCAAGUGCGGCAUGUCCGUCGCGCCGGUUACGGAUUGGGCCCUUUACGAUUCGAUUUAUACCGAGCGGUUUAUGGGUCUGCCUACCGUUACCGACAAUCUGCAAGGAUACGAGCAAGGCCAGCUGCUGAAUAAGGUCGAAAACAUCAAGAACAAGAUGUACUACUUGAUUCACGGUACUCUGGACGACAACGUGCACUAUCAACAGUCGCUUAUGCUCGCCAAGGUGUUGGAACAGAAGGACAUCCUCUUUAGACAACAGACGUACACGGAUGAGGACCACGGUAUCGUCCAGUCGCGAGCGCAUCUGUACCACUCGCUGGAGAACUUCCUGGACGAAUGCUUUCAGACGUCAUCAUGAUCGGAGCACGGGAUAGUGAUGACAAUCUAGAUGCUGUACACCACCUGCCUCACACUUGUAAAUACUUCGUCACGUGUACAUAGUUUAUGUACGAUAUGUAAUAUGAGGGUUUAACGAGUGUACAUAGCGAUGUGAGAUUGCCGAGGAGAGAUGGAAGAGGACAGAGAGAAAGGGAGAGCGAAAGCGAAAGCGAGAAUGAGUGUAAAAGGAGAGGAUAAAGUAAUUAAUUAGGCAAUUAGUAUCAUCGCGAAACUACGCAGGGCAGGUCUGUAAAAAAAAAACACAUUUGAUACGUUUUUUAAAAUACCCGAUCAAACGGUGUGUUGAAGGCCUAAUAACGGCGCAAGCCCCGUUUGCCUCGCCGUUCAGACCUCAUUAGAGUGUAUCGUUGCAGAUGUCGUACUUACAUUCUCACAGGCACUGUUCCAGCAUUAUAUUAGUAUGCGAACCGUUAUUCCUCGGUUGGUUGAAUGAACCAAUCGACUCGACGUCAAGCUCGAAUAGCGGAAAUAUUUUUCAUUUAUAAUUUAAUUAUACCUUUUAUUUAAUGAAUCCGCAAUAUUUGAUAAUUGACGAAAUCUUGUUCCUAAAUUUUCACUAUAUUAUCGAUAUUAAAAUAAUUUAUCGGCAAAAUUUAUUAUUAAUUAAUCGAUAUAAAUUACUAAUUUUUAUGUAAUUAGUAAUCUCUAUGUGGAACUUUUUUCUUAGAAUUUUCCUAAGAUUAAAAAAUUAUGUUUUUGUAGUAACGAUGCAUAAAAGAUAACACAGCUCCAAUAACUUUGACCUUGACAUAUGUUAUACAGGUAAAGAUACUGAUCAAUUUUUCUUUAUAAACUAAUCGACGAUCUCGUAUAAUUUUUGAGAUAUACAACUCAUAUUUAAAAAGUCGGAAAUUCCCGUGGAACAGAACAAUUAUUGGCACUUUGGAUUGUAAGCGCCGGGGUAAGAGUGGGGGUGAAUCUCGCUUCGCGUGAAAAGUCGAAAACUCAUGUGGAAACGGUACAAAUAUAGACCAAACUGCUGUUCUAUAUUAGAUUUUUUAUUAAUAACCUUUUAACGAACAAUGAUAAUCGCGAUUAAAAUCUUUCGUAGACUACUCAGAACUAUAAUCUUGAUAAUUAUAUCAAGAUAAAGUUAUAAAAAUGUUCACUAAUUUAAAUAAAAAUAAAUAUUUUCAAACUUAAUAUAAAUUUAUCUCAAAAAUUAUACAAAAUCAAUUUAUAAGGAAAAAUUGCUAAGUACUUUCAACUUGUAUUUUGUUUUUGUGAGUUUAAUGUGUCACAUUCGUUAAUGGAUACAUGACACUUAUCAACUGUAUUUCAGUUACUCCUUUAUUUAUCUAUGUUGUGAUCCAUAGCGUUUUUAUUAUAUUAUUUUUCCUGUUCUCACAAUAAAUUGGCAAAUAAUUUUAAGGGUGUUGAGUUCCAAUUUUCUCAUCCAACUUUCUUUCACUGUAUAUCAUAUGUCAAGGUUGCCGUUGGAGGUCUAUUACCUUUUGUGCAUAUUGUGUUUUUGUUUGGAUUAAUUACAUACAUUAUUAAUAAUUUAACCAUCUGGAAUAUGUUCUGCAUUUAUAUACAUUAGAUUUAUUCAAUAUAUUUUAGAUUAUUUUUUAGUUCAGUUGCACCUUUUUCUUGACGAAAUAUUAAGUUGACAUAUCAAGGUAAUAAUGUUCACAUAUAUGAGUUCAGUUGUAAAAUCUUGAUAAAUGAGAUCUUUUAACAUUUUAAAAAUAUAAUUUAUACGCUGUUGCAUCCAUGCGCGCGAGUGCACAUACAAAUAUAUAUAUGCAUUUAUUUUCAAAGUAAAGAAAAAUAUUCUCAAAACUUAAUAAUUUUUUAUCUAGUUCAAAAAUAAGAAAAUAUCUUUACAUUAGAAUUAUAAUUGGAGUUUUUACAAUAUAUUUAACGUUUCAACAUUUAAAAAAUAAAAUAUUUGUGAAAUAGUUUGUUACUCCAUAAAAUGGGGAUGUUUGGAAUUCUUAAAUUUCUUUCAAAUUGAUAAUAAAUUAAUUUUUAAUUCACGAAUAAUGUUUUAUCAUACAAAAUAUGUAUCGUCUUUCUGAUGAUAAAAUUGAAAAACAAAAGUACACUGUUUGUACUGCAAACACUUUUUGACAAUAAUAUUUCGACGAUAUUCUGAAAUGUAACAAUUAUUAUGACGUAUUCAACACGUUUUUACAUUUGUAUUUGAAUACUACAUCUAUCAAAUAAAACAAUUAGAUUGUUUAACAAUUUUACAAACCUUUUCAAAGAUAUUAUUUAUUUUACUGAUAUACAUUUUCAACAACACACUCUUGUUAUUACAUCAAUAUUAAUGUCCUAAAAAUAUAAUAAUUUUAUUGUGAUUUUAUUACUAAUCACGAAAUAAUAUGUAUUUGUUUUUCUGAUUUUAAAUUAAUUAAUUGUAGUUAAUCAUAGAAUCGUAGAGAAAAGUAAAACAUGUAAUGUGACGUAUUUUUUACUCAGAUCUAACACAUCUAAAUUUAGUUAAUCAUUGUCUGGAAAAUUAUUCGGCUUUAUUUAAUAUUUUCAAUCUUACUGAUAUUACUAGCAAAUCUUCGCGAAUUUAAUGUUUUGUGACAUUUUAAUUUUAUUUUUUUCUUUAAUGAAGGUAUAUUUGAUAACAUCAAAAUUUUCGAAUUGCCUCUUAAAGAAGGCAUAAGUAAAUCUUUUUAAAACAGUUCUUCAGUCAAAAGUUCGAAUUCAGCUAAUUGUAACUCAACUAAAUAAUUCAUACUAAUCUAUAACUAUCUAGUUUUAUAGUGUGUAUACCAAUAAGUAUUCUUGUUAUUGAAUGUAUUUUAGUUAAUUAUUAUAAAAUGAUCUAGAAAUACAAAUUAUUACAUUCCAAUUAAAAAAAUUAAAUUGUACGUUCAAUUAUAUCAUAAUAUUAAUAAAAAUUUUAAUUUAAACUAUAUUAUUAAAAUUUUUAUAUCUCAAUUAAGAGUAGAAAACUAAUUAACAACAAUAAUUUCUUAUUGCCCUAAAACUAAAAUGCAAUUUAAAAAAUUAUCUGUCACAAUACAUUACGACAUUAAAAAUCUUAAUAACAGAUUCAUAUAUUAUUAUAGUCAAUAUGUAAAAUGAGCUAAAUAAUUUUGAUUUCAAUAAAUUAAUUUUCUGAACUCAUAUAUGUUAUCUUAAGGCUCUGGAAUACUCUGCAAAAAUUCUUAUGUAUAAAAAAACAAGUUAGUAUUAUUGUUAUUCCAUAUUAUUGUUUAUCUCGAUACGUGAUAUUAACGAUUACUAGUAAUUAUAUAUCGUGCUAAUCAAAUGAAUCUUGACGAAAUGAGAAUUUUGGAUAUGAAUCAGUCUUGUCAAUAACUUUGCAACAUUCGCCGACGAUGUAACCAAUUUUAAUAUAUAGAAAAUUCAAAAUUUUGCGUGCAGAAAAAUGUGGAAUUAAGCCAAUCAAUUUUUGAGAUACAUUUAGGGGUGUUUUUGUAAUAUUAUAUAUUUUCACAACUGUUUUGAUCACAACUGUUGUAACGUUCGUAAUUUUUAUGAAAGUGUGACAACGUAAGACACUGUGACCGAUGAGAAAUUAUAUAGGAAACAGUAACCAAAUUAUACUUUCAGAACCGAUGAUAAUAUACGCGAAAGCAAUGUUUUGUAAUGACCUGUAGGUAGGUAACACAUUAUUUUUUGUAUCGCUACAAACUGUUGCACGUUUCGAGAGAGAGGCAUUUUACUAUGAAAAUAAUAUGUACAAAGACAUUUGAAAAGACAUGAAAAGGAUUUACAUAUAAUAAAAGCGUUUAAGAUAAUAUGCACAAGUUAUUAAAACAUAUGUUUUUUAUAAAACAUAUAUAUACUUUAUGCUAUGGAAUAUAUAUAUAUAUAUAUAUAAUAUUUGGAAGUAUAAGUAUCGCAUUUGAUAACUGCAUUGUUAUAAAAAUAUCUUAAUAUUAUUUUAAUAUGUAAAACCUUUCGAACGACAGGUGCGUUAAUAAUAAGAUUCUAUCAUUCGAGACUUUUAAAAUUGAUUUCAUUGUAACACAAAAAUAGUAUUACUUAUAUUAUGCAGAUAUUGUAAAUACGUAAAGAUGCUAAUAUCUCGUUUAAAAAAUUACAUACGGUAUUAAGUCAUUUUACUUUAAAAAACGUAAAUUGAAAAUAUUUCGUAAUUCUUUCUCUGCAGUAAUUGUUUAAUAUAGUUUUUGUUAAAAAAAAAUCAACUUUUUAAAAACUUGUAUUAAAUUUUUCAAAUUUGAAGUAAAAUUAAUUCAAAAAUUUCUUUAAAGACAGAUAGUUAAUAAAAACCUUUCGGUGCAAUAUAUUUUAAUAGUUUGACCAAUUCAUGUGUUCCUGUAUUAAGAGCAUCCGUUAAAAAUUUCUUUUUUUAUUUCUUUAUUUGAGCUUAUAUUGUGGGUAUACCAGAGUAUUAAGAAAGUGCAAUUACAUCACUUUAUAUCACAUUUAUAUGUCUAUAGUUUACGUAACAAAUGGCAUAAAGUUCAACAAUUAGUUUAUAGAUACUUUUUCCUUAAUGUAAGAUAGCAUAUCUACUUCUCAUUAUUGUUAGACCAUGGGCAAAUAUUAGUGCCAAUGUGUAAAUGCAUACCUAGGAUAAGUAAGAGAGACUAUCGACAAACUCUCUAUUAAAGUUUUUUAAUGCAAGGACCACUGUAACAAUUUUGAGAGUGGAUCAAGGUGAAUUUAUUAAAAAUAACUGUUAACUUUUAUCUCGACAUGCGCAUUGUACAUACAAAAUUACUUACACUUAAUUAAGGUAAUGGAGCAUUGUUAGAAAGAAGAUAUUGUGACCCAGUAGAGUUAUAUGAAAUUAUGACAAGUGUACUCUCUUUCACCACUAUUUGUUGAGUGUAUUAUAAAUAAAGCUCUAUGUUUUAUUAAA